UUUGCGUUUAUUUUGUGGACUUUAUAUAUGGUAAAGUCUGUGGGACAAGCAUCAUCUUCAGCAGUACAACCAAGUAAUUCAUGGUAGAAUCAUGUUCCUCAAAAAGUCACUGGUUUUAGCGUUCACGGCUUUUGUUUUGUGUGAAUCUGGAUUCGUGGAACAAUUACCAAAAUGUAAGCUGAGCGACAAUGAAUGUAAAAGAGGCCUUAUCGAGUCUGCGCUAAGGAUUCUUGCCAAAACGGGACUUCCUGAGAAAGGAAUUCCUAAAAUCGAUCCUUUCUCCAUUCACAAUGUCUCUCUGUCAAUUCCCGAUGUUAUUGACCUUACUUUAGUCGACGGUCGUGUCAAGGGCAUCAAGGAUUGCGCUAUGAAUAAGUUUACCGCCAGUAUUGAAGAUGAGCAUGCUUCUUUGGAAAUGACAUGUGACAUCACAAUCAAAGGGCAGUAUAAAGUAUUUUCUGACAGUCCUUUCAUCAAGACCUUCUCUGGCGGUGAAACUGUUAAUGGCGAAGGAAAUGGAAAAGUCAAAAUUGAUAAGAUAUUCCUUAGAUUUGACUUCGAUUAUUUCUUCCAAAAUCGAGAUGGACAGGUCUACAUCAAAUGCAAAAAUGAUAAAUUGAAGUAUAACUAUGACGUCAAAGGGAAAAUGGUGUUCUACGCUGAUAAUUUGUUCAUAGGAGGCAAAGAGUCCAGCAAGUCUGUGAUGGACGUGAUGAAUCAAAACUGGAAGUUCUUGAUGACCACAUUCGGAAAGCCGUUCAUGGAUAAGUCUACUGAUUUUAUCAUGGAGUUCCUUCAAAAACUCUUCGAUGUGAUACCAGCAAACAAUAUGUUUGAGGAUGAUUUAAGUAAAUAUGCAAGGGAUGAGUAAUAAUUCUUGUUUGUAAUUAUUACUAUUAUUUUAACACAUUUAUACCUCUAUAGUUUUAUAGGAAUUAUGUGCGGUUAUUGUUACAUUGUUUACAUCAAGGAUUAAGGAUUCUGUAUAGUUUGUUUUUUUAAUAAAUAUUUUCUUUUUAUAAAAAA